AUGCUCCGGGCGCUGCCAGAGUCGCCCGGCUCGUGGUCCGGCUGCGAUCUGGCCGCGCUGGCGAGCCUCCGCGCCGCGAGCGCCGCGGACGCCGCCUUCUUCCGCGCGCCGCUGGCGGCGCGCCGCGCGGCCCGGCUGCUCGACCAGCUCGGCGACGAGGCCUGGGAGCGCCGCUGCGCGGCAGUGGAGGCGGCGGCGCAUCAGGGCGCGGCUUUCCUGGACGAGGCUGCCCUGGGCACCCUCGCGCCGGCGCUCGCGGGGGCCGCCUCGGAGGACGGCAACAGGUACGUGUGCUACAAGGCAGUGCGUGCGCUGGGGCGCCUGGCCAUCCUGUCCGCGGGACCGGCGCGGACGCUCGCGGCGCUCCUGGAGCACGACGACGAGGACCUCCGCAGCUGGGUCGCUGAGGCGCUGUCGGGCCUGGACGGCGGUCCGCACGCCGCGGCCGCCUGCGGGGAGCUGGCCCGGCUGGCCCUCCACCACGACCCCGGCACGCGCGCCGCGGCGCUGGAGGCGCUGGCGAAGCUAGGGGCGUCCUCGGAGGGGGCUGUGCCCGCACUGGCGCGCUCCCUCGCCGACGCGGACCAGGGCAGCCGCCUGGCGGCCGCUCAGGGCCUCAGCGACCUGGGCGCCGCCGCGUCGUCGGCAGCGCCCGAGCUGAGGGCUGCGCUCGGGGACGAGGACGGCGACGUGCGCCUCAAGGCGCUCGAGGCCCUGGAGCGGGCGGGCGCGCUGGGCUCGGUGAGGCUGGCGGAGUGGUCGCGUUUCUUCUGCCACGACAGCAAGUACGUCUGCUACCGCGUCAUCCAGGCGCUGGGUGCCCUCGGGCGCCCGGCGGCCGCCGGGCUGCUGGGGCUCGCGCAGUUGCUGAGGGACCAGGACGCGGACGUGCGGCUGUGGGCGGUCGAGGCGCUGGCCGCGUUCGGCGAGGCAGCCUCCGUCGCAGCACCACAGCUCAACCUGCUCCUGGACGACGAGGACCCAGACGUCAGAACCGCUGCCGAGCAGCUCCUCGACCGCGUUUGGUGA